AUGUCCAACAUCAAAUCACGCACAAGUGCAGUCACGACUAAAUCAGUCGCGUCUAGUCAUAAACGCAUGCAGUCUAGAGUAGACAAUCCCCCCUUUGUCAGCCAAAAGCCGUCGAUGGGAUCGCUGCAGACGCUGAAACGCAAUCUCGAGCAAGUUCAGGGGAAACUGCAGACGUCGAAGUCAUAUCGCGGUCCUCUCGACAACAAGUACUUUGCAUUGCAGUUACUGUACGUUCGUACAAUUACUGCUCUUAUGAAGGACCAUCUCAGGUUCCUUCGUGCAUUUCGCAAACAAACUGAGCGUUAUUAUCCCACACUACAACCAGCAGACCGCGCCUCACUCACCAUCAUCAAAGAGACGCUCCCAUCCGGCAUUCACGCCCGCGAGCGGGAAAUAGAGGAUUGCCAAUCGCUAGACCAACUCAUCUCUCGAUACCUACAAGGCGACCAGAAGGCGACAGGUCAGGAUUUGGGGGAGGUGACGAUGAAGAUCGAUUAUGCACUGCUCGGGCUAGAGCUGGCGGUGAGGAAUCUGGAAGCUAAUAUGAACAAGUUACGGGCUAUGAGAAGUAACUCUCUUUCUAUUGUAUCGAGUGAUGAGGGGCGCAAUGUUCUGGGUGGGGAGGGCUCGGGGUCUGCAAUCGUGGAGUCGAGACCAAGUUGGAGGAGAGUUCAGGGGGUGAGCAGUGCACGAAAUCAAUGA